GCUGUUUAUAUUAUUUCUUUAAUAAGUACUAAGUAAAUAGAUAAAAAUUAUCAGCCAAGUUCGACUACACACUGAUACCAAUAUUAGUUAUUGUAUCCGUUAUUGCUUAAUGCAUUAUUAAGAUAUUCAUUCAAGUUAAAAUGACAGAUUUUGGACCUGAACAUCCGAGGAACUUGAUUCCUGAGCUUUGCAAUCAAUUUUAUCACUUGGGAUGGGUAACGGGGACUGGUGGAGGUAUAUCUAUAAAAGAAGGGGAUAAAAUUUAUAUAGCUCCAUCAGGGGUCCAAAAGGAACGAAUGAAACCAGAUGAUUUAUUUGUUCAGACCAUAAAUGAUGAAGACUUGGAACUGCCACCUCCUGAUAAAAAGCUGAAGAAGAGUCAAUGCACACCAUUGUUUAUGCUAGCAUACCGUGAACGCAAUGCAGGUGCUGUCAUACACACACACUCCCCUCAUGCAGUGAGGUGUACUCUGUUAUAUGACAAUGAGUUUGUUAUUACACACCAAGAGAUGAUUAAGGGUAUUAAAGAUGCCAAACUUGGACGAUACCUCCGGUAUGAUGAGAAGCUAGUAGUUCCUAUAAUUAAUAACACUCCAUUUGAGAAAGAUCUGGCUGGCAGCUUGGCGGAGGCAUUGCACAAGUAUCCAGGCACAAGUGCUGUACUUGUUAGGCGACACGGCGUUUAUGUAUGGGGAGAUACAUGGCAACAGGCUAAAACUAUGACAGAAUGCUAUGAUUAUCUCUUUGAAAUGGCGGUUGAAAUGAAAAAACUAGGCCUAGAUCCGACCUUUAAUCCGGAAUCUGUCGAAAAUGGUAAGAGUUAACAUAAUUAAAAAAUUGUUUUUCUUCAAUAAACUAUUUGUAUAUAAUAAAGUACCAAAUAUAUGUAGUCAGUAGAAUAAGAAAUUCUAAUAUUUUUAUAGAAAUUUAAAAUUUAAAUAAAAUACAAUCGAAGCA